AUGACACACGCUGGUCUGCAGGCAUCAGAGGCAUCAGGGCUGGAGCUCAGGCGUCAGGGCUGGAGCUCAGGCAUCAGGGCUGGAGCUCAGGCGUCAGGGCUGGAGCUCAGGCGUCAGGGCUGGAGCUCAGGCGUCAGGGCUGGAGCUCAGGCGUCAGGGCUGGAGCUCAGGCAUCAGAGGCCUCAGGGCUGGAGCUCAGGCAUCAGGGCUGGAGCUCAGGCGUCAGGGCUGGAGCUCAGGCGUCAGGGCUGGAGCUCAGGCGUCAGGGCUGGAGCUCAGGCAUCAGAGGCCUCAGGGCUGGAGCUCAGGCAUCAGGGCUGGAGCUCAGGCAUCAGAGGCCUCAGGGCUGGAGCUCAGGCAUCAGGGCUGGAGCUCAGGCGUCAGGGCUGGAGCUCAGGUGUCAGGGCUGGAGCUCAGGCAUCAGGGCUGGAGCUCAGGCAUCAGAGGCCUCAGGGCUGGAGCUCAGGCAUCAGGGCUGGAGCUCAGGCGUCAGGGCUGGAGCUCAGGCGUCAGGGCUGGAGCUCAGGCCUCAGGGCUGGAGCUCAGGCCUCAGGGCUGGAGCUCAGGCGUCAGGGCUGGAGCUCAGGCGUCAGGGCUGGAGCUCAGGCCUCAGGGCUGGAGCUCAGGCCUCAGGGCUGGAGCUCAGGCGUCAGGGCUGUGACUGUUGUUUGUGACUGUUGUUUGGCUGGAGAUGUGGGUCUUUACUGUGGGUUGAGUGGUGGUUAG